AUGACGGCCAGCUCGCCGAGCACGGCUUCCGGUGGGCAAUGCCGUGUAUACAACCGCGCAAUCGUCUAUGGGAGUGUCGGGCGUGAUGAAAUCGACAAAGUUGCAACGAGACGAAAUGCAUAAAAUUGUAAUUGAUCCCAGGAAUCAGGUCCCCACUCAUUCUUGGGCGGCGCAUGGCAUUUCUUUUUUUCGGGCAUCUAAAUCCAGUCCGCGAUCCUGCUCUUCGGUCCAAAUGACUGUUGAGCGGCUACUCAUGACAUGCUCUUUGGAAACACCAUUCUUGCUGCCAAAACAAAAUAUUAGGUUUGCACUUGGCAUGAUUUAUCUGCCCUCCAAUACAGGCAUAGUUUCCAUUUUGUGUGUUCUUGCAAUUUGCAACUUCCCCGGUGGGUAUUUCUAUUUUGAGUGGUCUUCAAGUUCUUUCGCCAGCAGUCGGUUUGGCAUCACAAACGAGUUUAACUCUGUCGAUUUCGACUUGGAGCCUGACACUCCCAUAGUGAUGCGGACAUGGUGGCAGACGGACAGAUGGACGAUAUUGUGAGGAAAAGUCCCCCCUACCCGUACUGAAGAGAUAUGCUUCCGAAAAUUUGCGAUGCUGAAUUGUGGCUACAGAUCGUCUCUGUCUUGCAACAAGAAGAUGAAGGCAAUUCGACAGAGGUCGCCGCAUUAUUCCGGCGGUUCGAUGUAAUGCAAAUGCUAAUAGAGCCCACACCGCAGGCGUCUCUCGUACUGACUGCUUACGUGAAAACAUCCCGAGCCUUGUUGCAGAUCUGGUCGUGCCUGCAGUCCCCUUCUGCAAGACUACAAGGCUGACUCGUGUACACGAAUCCCGCGUCACAGGUUUCCGCUAUAUUGAUAUGGGAAGGGGGGACUUUUUAUCUUGAUAGACGAGCUGCCACCCCCACCACCGCGAACUGCUCCCCAAAAAAAGCAGGACUCAACGCGGUCUUCCAAGCACAAGGAGCUGCUGAACCGAGUGCACGAGCAGAGAAAAAAAGACCAGACGCAAAUAAAGAAAAAUGUACAGGAGUCCCCUCAUUUUUUUCAAACGAGUUUGUAGCAGCUGUGUAAAGAUGAUGAAUGCGUGACUUUUUUUUGUUUCCACUUACUAGGAAAGCAGAUGCUACUUGUUUCACGCAUGAAAUAAUCAUCAACAUGAUCUUCAACAUGGUGCACUUGCUAUAGGAGCAAUACCCGGUCUUCGUGAUAGAAGAGUAUAAUUUCACCUGCCCUACUAGCUCUUGUUAUCAGCGUCCGUCUCGUCGUUGUCUCUCAGCGCAUUGUUUGAUACCUCCCACGUGCUUGCAAUAUCUCCAGGUUGAGCGCAACAAGGAGGUGCGAGAGCGUCGGUUUGAGCGCUUGUUAAAUUCCUGUGUGUAUGCAUUGCGAAUAUGAUGUCUGGGUCUCCUGGUGGAAAGAUGCAAACUUGUACUUGUGAUGCCGAUGCGGAUUCUAGAACAGGCAAAAAUCUGCGUUGCCGACUCACCAAAAGAUCAUACGUGCUUUUGUCUCGAAUCCGAAAAGAGCGUUUCUCAUGCAGACUAGGCAUGGAGUAGGAGUUGGAAAACGACAACGAACACGAAAGAAGCCUUGUUCGCAAAAUUUGCAAUACCGUGUCGGCACUUAUGACCUUCUCUCAGAUGCGAAAACUGCAGGACAAGUGACUGCUCUCUGCCGGACCCAGAUGACACAUUUGCAUUUGAUAGUGUGGGCAGUGACGAGGUGAUCCUCCGCGGACAGGUGACCGAGAUGCUGCGGCAGCAUAUCAUGUGUAAAAACGUGCCCACCCCAGGUUUGGCUGUCGGGCCUGUGAAGUUUCGCUCUCUAGUGUAGUUGUGGCUGGGAGCGGGUGAAAGAAGUUGCAUCACGUCCAAUGUCUCUCCUUUUCCUGGUUACUUAGGGCAUGGCGAAGCUCAGGAUACUGUGACUGAGAAAAUGCUACCCAAAAACAUGGGGCUCCUGCACAUGAGAUACGAUCUGGGCAGUUGCGUCGUACGCAUGACAAGUUUCAAAGUGUGUCGCAUUUUGUUUAGCGUGACAAGUCCGGGGUGGGCGUGCGGCUUUUACUCAGGAUACAGCAGCACAACAUGGUAGCGCGCAAAGUGGGUACGCAGUUCCAGGAGUGGAACGAGAAGGUUUUCGAGAAUAUUCAUUGCAAAAGUAUCGUACUUAAAUCUACCAUGAAUCGCAUUACAUUUUUUUCUUGUUUUCAGAAACAAAAAUGCUAAAUUUCAAAUGCUAUUUGUUCAGGUGGAAAAUUUGAUUUGUGAGCGUGACGCAUGACUGCAACUUUUACUAUGUUAAGCACGGCACCUUUGCAAUUGAUAGAGAAUGUGCAGCAGCAGCUCGACACAAUCAUGAAUCCUCCUUCGCGAGAGCUCAUCCAGACGUUCCAGGGAAUGAAGAACGUGGAUUUUACGUUACCGGAGGAGAAACGGAAGGUGAAGAGCAGCAGCUUUCGCAUCAGCCCCUGCUACAAGGACUUGGUGAAGCUCGCCGACGAGAACAGCUUCCGCUACAACAUGGACGUCGCCACGGAGACCGCGCUCAAGCACAGCGCAAAGAACUCAAUGGACGUGGCCAGGGCGCAGUACCAGGGAAGUCUGAAAUAUCUUCUUGCAAAAACACCACCAAAAACACCUUUGCCGCACACCAUCAAUUUGCUAUUCAUACAAAAACAAAAAAAAAUCACGACGCGUAAUAAUGCGAAUGCCCCUAUUUCACAGUCAAAAUUUUACUGAUUAUUUUUUUCUGCAAUACAACCUCAGCCAGAACUUGAACUACAAGAAAAAGAAUUACCCUUCAAGUUUCUGUUUCUCAUCUUGCCAAAUUUGCAACAUACUUAAGUGUGACUGUGCUGGUGUUUUUUUUUUCUUGCAUAAGAAACCGGUGGUGGCUAAGUCCUCCUCCAGCUCCUCGCUUCCAACGAACAAGCACUCCGCCGAGCGCCAGGCUAUGUACGCCGAGGCCCUGUCCGCCGGUGUGGACACAAAACUGCUGCAUGCCACUCACUAUCCUCUGGAACAAGAGUUGCACUUCAAGUACCGUGCCGCUCGGAGUCAUAAAUUUCAAUGCUAAUAAUUCAUUGCAUUUUUCCUGCGUCGUCAUCUUCAUUUUGAUUUUUACGCUAUUGUUGCAGCGCUCAUAAACCAAACAACUCGUCUUUGCUCAGCCAGAAAAAAACAUCGCAGUCGUAAAACCGUUGUCAUGUUUAACCGCCAUUGAUACUUGUGGCGCUACUUUUGCAAUUCAUAGCCGACCGCUGAAGCCGGGCAUGGGCAGCUGUAUGAGAGUGCAUAAGAACUCCCCCUCAUCCCCCUCAUUGUCAUUUUUUGGAGCGCAUUUCUAGCAAUCAAGACCACCUCACAAAAGAGGAUCGUGGUGUCGCUUGGACUAUGCGGCGGCCCUAUGCGAAUACGACCAAAAAGCCCACUUCGUGGCCACAGAGUUUGCAUUUUUUGGGCAUUUUGCGUCACGAGCAAUAUAGGGAAGAAGAGAUUGGAAUCGGGCACCUCCACUCUCAUAAGCUCUCCCGAGGUGCCAAAAUACGACUUGGACGCCCGGUUUCGAAACCAGGCCAUCCCGCUCUCGGCGGACGUCGCCUACCGAGUUAGCAACAACGCUCCGGACAAGCACAACCCGGACCUGCACAUCCACGGCAUUGACUACGACCCGUACCUGCACUACUUGGACAUGCUCGACCCGAACAAGGUGGGCUACAACGCCGACGAACCGCGGCAGGUAACCGACCCCUUGUUGGCGCGGUCCAAGCCGGUGCUGGAGCCCAAUCUGUGGGGCCAGCUGGCCAUCCAGUCCACCCCGUACGGGCACUUUGCGCAGGUGUGCGCCCAGGGCGCCGACUACAAAAAGGACCGCAACUUUGUCCCGGACGAGUCUGACAACGUGCCUGCGGCCGGGAAGCGCAAGACGCUACGCAUAGCAAAUACUGAUGAAUCUCGGUCCUCUACUGAGUGAAGAUAGACUCCCAGGCUACUUUUCAUGGACACUUUGCAUGACCUCCCGUGUUCAUGUGCUUGACGUUUGUGAAGAUGUAUGCCCUAGCAUGAUCAGAGACUUCCUGAGGGCUCCUUUUUUUUACCUAUAGUCCCGCAGGAGGAAUGCCAUCUCCGCGUAGCAAAAACUGGAUCUCUUGGUGCUCACGCAAUACAGGUUCAUUCUUUACAAACAGAAUCCAAAGUAGCCGCGACCAGCAACGCACCAUUCAGUCACAAUCUUCAAUACCCCGUCGACGAGGACAUCAUAUUUGUUUUUGCAAUGGAUACACACGGUUCACGCGCAAUGAUGUGGGGAUCCUGAAAGGCGAGGUGGCCAAGCGCGGUGAAUCCAUUCUGAACAAGACCGACGUCGUAUGAAAGUGCACAACUCCCCUUCCCCUCUGUCAUGCAAAAUCCCAAAUCCACUCUUUGCCUGUUAGCACUGUUUGCAUGACAGAUUCCGGAAUCCAAAACACCACUACAACAAUUCUCUAGGAAUUUGCCAUGCAAAAGCUGCAUCUUUGCCAGCGCUAUUGUCUUGCUGUUCAUGCUCAAUGAGUGAAUGAAUGAGGGGAGAGGGAGUUGCGCACUCUCAUACGUCGGGGCCAGCAACGCAGCACCAAACCAGGACCACUUCACAUACGAAAAAGGAACGCGGGUGGUGGAUGGCGAAUUCCCCCUCGGUAAAAUGAUGCUGCCGCACAAACACUAACGAAAUGCGCGACAAAUAAGUAUGAUUUAAGUAAGUACUUCUACUACGCUGUUGAUAAAAGGUAAAGGAGAAAGAACGUCGACCUCAGCUUGAACUUGUUGCGGUGAUGUGGCCGCAGAGUCAACGCUUUUCACCUCGAACCUGAGACGUUCAACCUAUCAACGAUAAAUGAGUUGAGAUAAUGCAUUCAAAUAAAGGACGCAGCUGUAGUUCGCAAAUAAAAUGGGAGGAGAUCCACGACCCAAAUGAGACCUCUAUCCUAGAGCCUCUGUGAUGCAACCUUCAAAACCUUACCUAGAGUACCUUUGAUUUUACAGAAUUAAAUGCUCGCCGCAGAUAUGCUAAUUUAGUUUAACAUACACUUUUGAUAUUACGCUUGGUAAUAUGAAGAUUACGACGAUAAAGAAAAUCAGGCGCGUCCUCGAGACCGACGUUCUUGUGCAAGUACUUAGAGCUACCGCUAGCGCUCGCAGCUUGUAUGCCAUUCUCUCUGGCAACGCGUGCUGAAAUGAUCGAAAAGGACGGACGAAAGAUAAAAUUUCGUUCGCAGAUGCACCACGAAAGAUCAGACGCAAGCGCGAUUGAUAUGUAUACUACGAGCACAAAACUCCUGGUGCUGAGAAUUCGAUGGUAAAUCUGGACGGAGAAGAAGGAAGAGGCGACGGAGCUUCUCUGCUCGUGAUCGUGUUCAGUUUGGCUUUUUUUGUUCGUGCUCGCCUCGAGAAUGAGAAACGAAAGAC